GUUUAUUGUAACUCAAUCGAGCUAUUCUAGGUUAUAAAAUUCAUCGGUACAAAUAAUAUUUCAUAAACUAUAAAAACAAUAAAUUAUUUCGGAAAAAAGUGGCAAAGUCUCAAGUUUGUUUGUGCCGCGUGGCGGUCCGCAGGUGUGCGUUGCGUAUUUCACUAGACGCACACAUGCGCAAGUGCUGCCAGCUAUCGUCUAAUUUACCUACAACUGAGCAAUUCGAUUUUGUAAUAGCGCUCUUAAGCUCGACGCUUGAUGGUUGUUUCUGUGUGGCAACACUUCGUGACCACGUUUCGUUGCAUAAAAUAGCAAACAUAAGGUCUAGAUUACUUGUACAAAACCUUUCAAUAAUAUUUUUAUAUUACAUUAUUUUACAUUCAUAAUAACGAUAGCGUUGUAUAAAGAAGUUUGAAUUGUAAAAAGUAUAUUAUUGUCAUAUAAUUUUGUUGGUACAAAAACAGGAAUGCUUGGAGAAACAAAACGUUUGACAUGGUAUAACCCUACUAAAUUUAAAUGUUUACUUUUGACACACGGAUUAUAUGCCGACUCGUGAACUUUUACUUAGACAGAUAAUACGUUCAAUUCUGUCAAAUAGUACCGGUCAUUGUAUAAACUUAUACAAGGCUUUAUUUUACUCUGUGUAUUUAUUUUGUGAAUUUCAAAAUAUGAAUGAAGUAGACAGGAAGAAACCGUUCUCGAGUUUGGAAAAGGAUUUAUUUUUGAAUAUCAUACAAAAAUAUGAUACAAUCCUAACCUGCAAACAAACAAACGCUACGAGUGCUUUAAAAAAGAAGCAGUCAUGGGAGAAUAUAGCGAGGGAAUUCAAUGAAUCCUGUAUUGUUACUGAAAAGGCAUCUACAAAACAAAUAAUAAAGCUAUGGUAUAACAUGAAGGCAAAGGCAAGGGAGUCUAAAACAAAAGAAAAUAUUCGCCACUUAACAGGAGGUGGGCCAUCUGUUAUGGAUAUGGAUCCUAUUGAUUCCAAAGUCAUGGAUAUAGAUAAAAAUAUCCUAACUAACAUUGCUGUGGAUAUUGACAGCGAUAUUGAUGGGAGCGUAGUCAUAUUAGGGGAUACCAAUAAUGAAGCUUGGUGUAAAACAGCAGAAGCAACAAUGCAAGUUACUCAAGAGGAAAAGGAAAUAGAGUUCAAUACUCCUAGCAAAAAGAGUUAUGAAAAUUUGAGAAUUAAUAAAAUAGAUUUACUGAAGUGUAAAAUAUUGGAAGAAGAAUUAGAAUUUAAGAAAAAAAUGCAUGAGAAGAACUCAAGAUUAAAGUUUUAGAGAGGGUUCACAAAGAAAAUUUGUUUAAAAUUGAAAUAAAAAUAAAACAAAAAGAAUUAGAAAAAUAUGACAAAGAAUCAAUAUGAAACCCUGUCAUGUACUUUGGAUUUUUCUUGUAAAUAAAUAAAAUAUAAUGUAAGUGAAAAUAUUGGUUUUAUUUUAAAAUUCAUUUAAAAUGUGUAAUAGCGUGAAAUUAUAUUCGCUCGAAGUACCAAACCAUCACUGGUACCUGUUGUGCUUGUCGUUGUUGUGUUAGAAGGCUGAUGUGCAUUAUUGUCCACGGUGUCAUCAAAUUCAAAUAUGUCAUUUACUUCUACUGCAAUGUUGUGGAGCACUGCACAAGCCAUUAUGAUAUUGGCUGUUGAUGAAAGUUUGGUUGCUAAACCGAUUUGUAAGCAUGGAAAACGUCUUUUCCAAACUCCAAAUAAACGUUCUACUGAA